AUGGCCAACAUUCUCUUUCCUUUCAUUGUGUGCAUGGUUGCUCUCGCUGAAUUGACUCUUGCUCAAAAUGUUUAUCUCAACACCAAUACACAAAUCACUCUUAGCUAUUCCUCCUAUACUGUUACCAUUCCUCGAAAUGGUCGAGUGGUGGGUACCCUCACCUUGUCUGCUUCCUCUGCGUCAUGUACCAUUUCCUUUUACACACCACGCUACAAGUAUCAGCCCUUCAACUUGAAAAAAGUUAGCUCAUCCGACCGAACUUUUGAACUCUCAUUGAUUCCAGAUCCAGCAGACUCGAAUCAAGAUUUUACCUUUAAUACUGGAUUGUUUGAAUCAUGUACAUUGAAUGUGAUCUUUAGAACUCAAUCUCAACUACAAAUUGGAGAUAGACCUUCGUAUUAUACCACCUUGGCUUAUAAUUUUCAACAAAGUCUUGAUCUUAAUAGUCUUGUCAAUCCAUCGAGAAGACUGGAAGCUCUCAUUCCACCAGGAUAUAAGGCCGAAGGUUCCUUCUCAGCUUUGAGUACAACCAAAGACUCUUGUCGAGUGACACUGGUUUCUAAAGAAACUCAAUUUGCUCAAUUCUCAACUAAUCCAACGUAUGAAUUUAGUUUCAAGCUCGUACCAGAUUCAGCCGAUUCCUCUCAACAAUUUUACAUCACCACUGAAACUACAUCCUCAGUCUCGACUUGUUAUGGUACAUUCCUUGUUCAAUUACAACCUGUAACCAGCAGUGAUGUUCCUUCUCUGAGAGGAGCUGUAACUUCUGGUGGUGUCAAUGUUGGAGGUAUUGUGGGAGGUAUCGUUGGAGGAAUUGUGAUGUGUAUUUGUUUGACAGCCAUUGUGAUUGGAAUUAUUGUGUUCUUAUGUGGAGGUUGUUGCUGUGCUUUGGGUGCUGCAGGAGCUGCUGCUGGUGCCGGUGUUGGAGUUGCUGCUGCUGCUGCUACCAAGGUAUAA